AUGACAAAGACGUCGAACAACGAACCGCUCGUCUUGGCAUUUGCCGAAACAUUCCACCACCACAACAAUGAUCCAAUUCCUGAUUUGGAUAUGGACGCCAUGUUCCCACCUUUAUUGUCGUCUCGUCAACAACAACGAAGCACAUCACUGUGCCACACCAACACAAACAUUGGCACGUCAACAUUCGUUCAAGUUGCAUCCCAUUGUGCUAGUCGACUCCAUGCUCCUCUCAAACAAUCCCAGUUUCGAUCAGGACUUGAAUCACAAAAGUACAACACUACCACCAUGACACGCACACAAGCCAACGCCAUCGGUCAAGUCAACGACAAUGUAGAUCCUUUAUGGGAAUACCAUGCACGCAAAGAAGAAAACGUUCUCAAGACACUUCGAGAUAAUCGUCGUAUGAAGCAACAUAGACAAGAGCUCAGUGACAGGCUUUUGCGACGUUAUGUGCGACUUGCUUGCAAGGAUUACAAUAACGACGAGGAUGAUAUUUCAGAUGAUUCCCCCACUGCUAUCAAGCUCAAACAAGAGGAACGACUCAAUGAAUUGCUGCAAUCCUUGCCAAAACACUACUUUGCUCCAGGAAAAGAUAUGUCUCGCGUAGAAUAUGUUAAACAUUUAAUGUGCAAUGUACAGGAAUAA